UCAGUACUAGUGUCUUGGUGCCCUGGAAGGAGAGACAUUUGUAGCAGGACUGCAGUGAAGGGGAUAGCUGCACUGCUCUGCAUCUGUCUGUUGCCUUCUCCUCCCACCCACCCCAUUUCAUCACCAGCCUGAGCAGCCUCUCUCUCUCCAAAUCCCUCUAUGCUUUCCCCUGGAUCACAGCAGCAAAACAGAGACCCCCAGCACUGCCUCAUACAGCAUGGAGCCCUCACACUGCCAGCAGAGGAAGUGGGGGCUAUAAGGAUGGAUUUGUUCAGGGUGGCAAACCAGAGGGUGCAAGGCUGAGGAUGGUGGGGGUCAAGCUGAAAGGGUGCCUGGAAUCCUGCAGCAAGCUCAUUAGAUGUUCUCUCCUUUCCUCUGCAUCACCAGUGCAAAGAAGAGAGGUGACAUGGUGGGGAAAGAUGUCCGUAUGAACCAAGGAUUGCCCUCCUGAUUGUAACCAGGGCUUUCUGAUUGGAAGAAGACCCCCUCAAGCUCUCAGCUUAUAGUAUACUUGGCAACAGAAUCCAGGGAGAAGUCUCAAUGACGGUUUCCAGCCAUGCAAUGUUCUUGGAAGGCUGUCUUCUUACUAGCGCUGGCCUCUAUUGCUAUCCAGUACACAGCCAUUCGCACCUUUACCACCAAAUCCUUUCAAAUGUGCCCAAUCCCCAAUCCUGCCAACUGCAGCCCUGGCCAAGAUCCUACAGAUUCUCCUGACCGGCUUUGUGAGGACAGCCAGUCGUUAAACUCGAACUUUUCUAGAAAGACACAUAUUCUCAUCUUGGCAACAACCCGCAGUGGAUCAUCUUUUGUGGGUCAACUUUUUAAUCAACACUCUGAUGUCUUCUAUUUGUUUGAGCCACUUUACCAUGUCCAGUAUACAUUGCUUCCUAAAAUGACACAGAAUAAAAGUCCUGCUGAUCGGAGAGUCAUGUUGGGCGCAAGUAGGGACCUGUUGAGGAGCCUUUAUGACUGUGAUCUCUAUUUUAUGGAGAACUACAUCAAGCCACAGCCAAUUAACCACACUACUGAUAGACUGUUCAGGCGGGGUGCAAGCAAAGCACUUUGCUCUCUUCCAGUUUGUGAUGCUUUAGGAUCCUCUGACAUUUAUCUCGAAGAAGGUGACUGUGUUAAGAAAUGUGGGAGCUUAAACAUGACCUUAGCAAUGGAGUCUUGCAAGGACCAUGGACAUGUGGCUAUUAAAAUUGUCCGUGUGCCUGAAGUCAAUGACCUUCGAGCUUUAGUGGAAGAUCCAAGGCUAAAUUUGAAGGUGAUACAGUUGGUGAGGGACCCCAGAGGCAUCUUGGCCUCCCGGAGUGAGACUUUCCGGGACACCUAUAGGCUAUGGAGGAUAUGGAGAGCAACCGGCCGAAGGCCUUUCAAUCUAGACGCAACCCAGUUGACCACAGUCUGUGAAGACUUUUUAAACUCCAUCUCUACUGGGUUUAGUCGCCCCCUCUGGUUAAAGGGUAGGUAUAUGCUCCUCCGAUAUGAGGAUCUGGCUAGAAACCCUAUGAAGAAGAUGGAGGAGAUCUAUGACUUUGUGGGUGUUCCACCAGAUUCGAACGUGGAGAGAUGGAUUCAGAAUAACACCCAAGCAGACGAAUCAUCAGUCAAACAUAAGUAUGGCACAUUAAGAAACUCUGCAGCCACAGCUGAAAGCUGGCGACUAACUUUGUCUUAUGACAUUGUAGAAUUUACGCAAAAUGCCUGUCGACAAGUACUAACCCAGCUAGGCUACAAGACUGUUGGGUCUUCACAAGAACUGAGAAACCUUUCCUACAGCCUGAUAGAGGACAAAGGUUUUGCACCUUUUCUGUAAUGUUAAAUCGGCAACCACAGUGUACAGUGAGGGUGUGAAAUCAGCAAAAAAUAGAGGAAAGUAAGAAAAAGAGCAAACGAUAUAUUUUUGAUAAACCCUUGUUCUUAUUCCUCCAGGAAAAACAAGUUGCACUAAAAACAGUAGGUCUGGUGAUAAAGCACAUUUAUUAAUUAAGAAAGGUUAAUGGCAUACCUCUAAUAUGGAAACUUGAAGCCCUUUUGAUAGAUAUAAACUUUGCCAGAUUGAGCGCAUUGCAAGCUCUACUCAAAAUGUAACCAUCAUAAAAUAAAAUGGGAGUGGUGAUAGUUUCAUUACA